AUGGUGCUCCCGCAGCCCUCCGACGCGACUGGUUACUCCUCCCUCCCCGCUUCCCUCUCCGGCGCGGGGAGCCUCCUGCUGCAGCAUGCUGCAGCUGCGGCGGCGGCUGGAGCGCGCACGGGGCCGUCGAAACGGGUGCAGCCCUUGGCGCAGCAGCAAGUGGAGGGGAAGCAAGCUGCUCCGGACAACGCUGGCCUGGCCCCCACGGAUUUCAACCCUGGAAUUAUCGCUUCAAUCAACCUUCAGAGCAACAAGCAGCAUCAGCAGCAGCGACUGCAGCAGCAGCAGGAGCAGCAGCAGCAGCAGCAACAGCAGCUACAGCAGCAGCCGUCCACGUCAGCACCAAACACUCCAACCAAGAGAAAAUCGUCGCAGCCGCCUCCCGCGUCCUCGUCGCUUCUUACCGCGCAGGUCAAGACCCAGACCUCGCAGAUCUCUCGCCCAGGUUCGGGAGGUCGCCGAACCGCCGGCUUCUCUCGCUCUGAUUGGCUCCCGCGAUCCGAGUCGCUCACGCGCUACUCCCGCCGCGCCAACGCCGCCGCUUCUACCGCUGGCGCGAACGCGGGGAAAGAGGAGGGCAAGAGCAGCAGCGGGAGCGGGAGCGGGAGCGGGAGCGGCAGCGGCAGCGGCAGUCACGGCGGCAGUGGCGGCGGCAGUGGCGGAGCUGGCGGAAAAGCAUCCGCGGGUUCCGGCGCGGAAAGCGGAACGGACGACGAGCUCCCCCGGUCGGAUUCCCUUCCGCGCAUCCUCAAUGCGGUCGCGAACCGGCUCACUGGCGGGCGCGCGCACCACGCGAGCUCGCGCGCGCAGCACGCUGCGGAGAGCGGAAGUGGGAGCGGGAGCGGCGGAGGUGGCGGAAGCAGCAGCGGCGGAAGCGCCGGCGUUGGUAGCGCCGGUGGCGGCGGCAAUGGCGGCGGCGGCGGCGGUGGCAGUUUGAACGCGACUCCGAUCCCAACCGGCCUGGGCUCACCCGCGUCAAAGGCCAAGGGACCCAAGUGGACGCUCAGCAGUCUGGGCAGGGACCCCAAGGCGGACAUGGAGGCGUUCCGCCAGCGGGCGGAGGCGGCGGAUCGCAGUUUGAACGCGGCAUCGGCGGAUAUCAGGCGUCUGGAGGCGCUGCUCGAGAAGAAGCAGAAGGAGAUCGGCGAGCGGGAGUUGCUGUACAGGAGCUGCGAGAAGGCGCUGGGGGAGCUCGAGAGCAAGAACAGCGAGCUGCGCAGCGAGGUGCGGCGCCUGGAGAAGGUGGCGGAAGGCGCGCAGGUGGACGCGGAGCAGCUGCGCAUGGGACUGGAAGCCAUGGAGCGCGAGGGGCGAAACCUCAAGAAAACCCUCUCCACUCUCACCAAGGAGCGCGACGCUCUUAAAGCCGGGCUCGACCGCGCCAUGCUGGAGCAGGAGCGGCUGCUUAAAGCCCUGACCAUGAGCUGCAGUGAGCUGGAAGAGUUGCGCGAGGAGGUGGCGUGUAUGAAGCGGCAGGAGGAGGAGUUGAGGCAGGAGGUGCAGGAGGAACGGACGGAGAGGGAGCGGAUUCAGGAGGAUUUGCUGAUGGAGAUGGAGGAGGUGAGGCAGGCUAAGAGGGGCCUUGAGGAGAGUCUAAGGCGCGCGGAGGAGGAGCGCGAUGAGCUGCGCGCGGUGGCGGAGAAGGCGGGGCGUGCGGGGGAGGGAGCGGGAGCGGGGAGUGGUGCGGGUGGGGAUGCGGACGGGUGGGCGAAAGGAGGGAGGGAGUGGGGAAGGGGAGAGGGAAGGAGGGGGGAAUUUAAGGAAGACGAGGAGGAGGAGGAGGAGGAGGAGGAGGAGGAGGAGGAGGAGGAGGGUGGUUGGAAGGAUGGUGGCGCUGGCACUGGCGGUGGCGGUGGGGCGGAGUGGAAGGAGAAAGCAGAGGCGCUGAUGCAGCUGCUGAGGGAGAAGGAGGCGCAGUGGGAGCUAGACCUGAUGAUUGAACGCGGGGAGGUUGAGAAGAUUCGGCAGCGGGAGUUGCAGCGAGAGGCGGAGAGGGAGGCUGAGCGGCGGAGGGAUCUGGAGCUUGUGAAAGAGCGAGAGGAGGAGAUUCGGCGGUUGAUUGAGAGGGAGAAGGAGAGGGAGAGGGAGGUGCUGCAGGGGCAGGCGAGAAUUGGGGGUGUGGAGAGGAAGAGGGAGGAGGAGAAGGCGAGGGAGCGGGAGAGGGAGGUGCAGAGGGAGCGAGAGAAGCAGGCGGAGAGGGAGAGGGAGAGGAAGCGGCAGAGGGAGCGGGUUGAGGAGAGGGAGAGGGAGAGGCAGAGGGAGAAGGAGAGGGCUGAGGAGAGGAUUCGAGAGGCGCAGAGAGAGAAGGAGAGGGCUGAGGAGAGGGAGAGGGAGAGGGAGAGAGAGAGGGAGCGAGCGGAGGAGGUCGAGAGGCAGAGGGUGAGGGAGAAGGAGCGGGAGCAGGAGAGAGCGCGUGAGAAGAAGCGACAGGCGGAGAGGAAGAGAGAGGAAGAGAGGGAGCUUCAGAUUCAUAAGGAGAGGGAGGAGGAGAAGAAGCAGCGGGCGGAGGAGAGGGAGAGGGAGAUUCGGCGGGAGCAGGAGCGGCAGGAGGAGAGGGAGAGGGAGAGGGUGAGGGUUCAAGAUCUGGAGCGUCUAUGGGAGAAAGAGCAGGCAGCAAACCAGGAGAGGGAGUUGCUCCGAGAGAAGGAGAGGGAGAGAGAGAGGGAGAAGGAGCGCAAGCGGGCGCAGGAGAGGGAGAUGGAGAAGCAGCGGGAGAAGGAGCGCGAGAGGCUGCGAGCCGCGGAGCAGCGGCGGGAGGAGGAGCGGGAGAAGGAGCGGGAGGAGAUGCGGAAGCAGCAGGACGAGUGGCAGAAGGAGAAGGAGCAUAUGACGGACGAGCUUCACGGGCUGCACGCCCAGCUGCUCGCCGCGCGCAGGGAACUCGCCACUGCCCGCCAGCAGAGCAACGAGCGGUGCAAGGCGCUGAAUGACGAGCUGGAUGAGCUGAAAACGCGCAUGGUGGCGGUGGAGGCGGAGAGCAAGCGCGUGAAGGCGGAGAAGGAGAGCAUGGGCGAGGUGCUGGGCGAGGCGGAGUACGAGAGAGACGCCUUCAAGCUCGCGCUCGAGCACUCCAACCUCGAGCACAAGCUGCUGUCCCAUGCGCUGAAGUCCAAUGGCUCUCACGCCAUUCAGAACCUUCACGGCGAGCUCUCUGCUGCUCAGGCGUCAGUGCGAGCCCUGCAGUCCACAGUGGAGGUCAUGCAGCAACAGAUGCGCAAGUCGUCAUCUGAGAGUGCGUCGCUGCUGGAGGAACUGACGGACCUCAAGGCGCUGCGCCUCACAGAGGUCACCCAGCACAAGGACCAAGUGGCCCACCUGCAGAGCACGCUCGCAUCUCUGCGCCAUGCCUUGGACAAGGAGAGGGACACCAACACACGCCUGCUGCGGACCCUGCAGGAGGCAGAGAAGGCUGCUGUGGAAGUGGCCACAGACGCACAGGGCAUGAGCACGCAUGCGCACAAGCUCAUGCGUCUCGCUGCCGGGCACAAGGACCGGCUCGGCAAGGCUGCUGCUGCUGCCGCUGCUGUUUCUGCUGGGAAUGCUGCUGCUGCCGCUGCCGCUGCUGCUGCUGCUGCUGCUGCCGCUGGUGCUGGUAACGGCAAGUGA